UUGCUUCGCUUGGGUCUUAGAGGUUCUGCUGCUGGACACCCCAAGCCAUGAAGAUGACCAACCCAUGGAUCGUCAGCCUCCUGCUGGGAGCCACACUGGUCCAAGCUAACCUCUAUCCUCCUGCAGUGCUCAACCUUGGCCCAGAAGUCAUCAAGAAGCACCUGACCCAGGCACUGGAGAACCACGAUGCCACUGCCAUCCUCCAGGAGUUGCCGCUGCUCAGAGGCAUGCGAGAUAAGUCUGGCAGCAUCCCCAUAUUGGACAGCUUCGUGAACACUGUUCUGAGAUACAUCAUCUGGAUGAAGGUCACCUCUGCUAACAUUCUCCAGCUGGUUGUGCAGCCUUCGACCUAUGACCAGGAGCUGGUAGUCAGAAUCCCCCUGGACAUGGUGGCUGGAUUAAACACGCCACUGAUCAAGACCAUAGUGGAGUUCCAAAUGAGCACCGAGGUCCAAGCCCUCAUCCGGGUGGAGAGGAGCAAGAACGGCCCUGCCCGCCUGAACCUCAGUGACUGUUCCAGCAACGAGAGCACCCUGCGCCUCAGCCUGCUUCACAAGCUCUCCUUCGUGGUCAACUCCUUGGCAAAGAACGUUAUGAAUCUCCUGAUGCCAGCCCUGCCCCAAAUAGUGAAAAGCCACCUGUGCCCUGUGAUCCAGCAGGCCUUUGAUGACAUGUACGAAGACUUCCUGAGGCUGACCACAGCACCCAUUGCCCUCAGCCCUGGAGCCCUGGAGUUUGACCUUCUGUCUCCUGCCAUCCAGGACAGUAACAUCCUGUUCAACCUGAAGGCCAAGCUGCUGGACUCCCAGGCAAGGGUAACCAACUGGUUCAACGGCUCUGCAACUCCUCUGAUGGAGACCACCCCAGACAGGGCCCCUUUCAGCCUGACCGUGAGGCAGGACCUGGUGAAUGCCAUUGUGACCACCCUGGUCCCCCAGGAGGAGCUUGUAAUCCUGCUCAGAUUCGUGAUUCCUGAUGUGGCCCGCCAGUUACAGAUGGACAUCAAGGAGAUCAAUGCAGAGGCAGCCAACAAGCUGGGGCCCACCCAGAUGUUGAAGAUCUUCACUCACAGCACCCCCCAUAUUGUGCUGAAUGAGGGCGGUGCCACGGCAGCCCAAAGUGUUGUACUGGAAGUGUUCCCCACCAAUACAGAUGUCCGACCCUUCUUCUCUCUCGGCAUUGAAGCCAGUUAUGAAGCUCAGUUUUUCAUAGCAGACAACCGACUUAUGCUCAACUUCAAUAACGUCAGUAUCGAGCGCAUCAAGCUGAUGAUCUCGGAUAUCAAACUGUUCGAUCCUGAAGUCCUGAAGGACACCCUGACCAAGAUCCUUGAGUACACAUUGCUGCCCAAUGAGAAUGGCAAACUGAGGACUGGAAUCCCCAUGGCAAUGCCCAAGGCCUUGGGGUACGAGAAAGCCAUGUGGUCAGUGAGCAAGGGCGCCCUCAAGCUCACCCCAGCCUCCUCCUAGGACCCUGGCUCUCCUCCCUCCUGAUGAAGACCUGGACAGCAGCAGCCAGCCCCGGCCAGGUCCCAGCUGGGAAUGCGGAAGCCUGCCAUGUAGACUAUUCCCCUGCAAUUAAUAAACACUUGCCAGUG